AUGGAUGGAGAAUCAGAAAUUUUAUCUGACACAGCUACAAAUUGUAAUUUAGCAUCUACCUCAGAAACUUUAUCAGAUAACUAUCAAGCCAAGUUAGAUUCUUUAGAAAAAAAAGCCGUUCAUUUAAGAUUAGUUUUGGAAAGAGAUUUUAAGGCAGCCGAUAUUAAAUGGAGUCUGUUCGUAGCAGCUGCUUUUAGCUUCAGAUAUGAGAGCUGUCUUAAACCGUUUCCGCCAGUUUUUAUGAAAAAUGGUAUUAAAGACAUGGACGAAUUACUAAGGGUCAUUACUGAUGUACCUGCAUUGGAUUUGGUUCUACAGCAAUUGGAUAAUCUUGAUAAUCUAGUAAAUAUAGGCGACAUUAUAGACUUAUUAUUUUAUGUACUUGUCAGAUUAAAAGAACCCAAUUUAAAAACUGUGCCACAAGAAGCACAUGAAGCAAUUUUAAUUAAUGCGCAUUCAUUGCUGCCAGCACCAAAACCACAAUACGUUUUUCAAGUCAUUAGCUCUAAUAAAUCUAAUGCAGAAUUAAAGUGGAGGGAAUUAUCGAAAGAUCAUAAAGUGUUCUAUGCCUAUCAUGGAAACCGAUUGGAAAAUUUCUACGCAAUGAUCAAUUUUGGCGUGCAACAACAUUUGAACAAGACGACACUUACGGGAAACGGGGUAUGUCUUUCCCCGGAAUUAAGUAUCAGUUUGCCACUCAGUCAUGGCGGGUUUGGGUGGGGAGCUAGUUGUAUUGGAGGUCACCUCUCAUGUGUAGCAAUGUGCGAAGUUAUCGAUGCACCCGAAGGCAUAAACUAUCAAAAACCCAUCACGAACGAAGGUGACGGUGUCUACAAAGAAGAUGAAUCGAAAAUUUUAUCUGAACAAGGUUUAGGCAGUAGAGCUGUACAUUAUAUAGUUACAAACUCAGAUCUGAUACGCCUACGUUACUUGCUCGUAUACGCUAAACAACCUGCUUCCAUGAGAUUUCCUACUACAAGUGCUGCAAGAGAAGCUGGAGGUGUUCGACAAUGGCUUGCUAGAUAUAAAUUAUUUUCGAUACUUCUCGGCUAUGGACUAAUGCUGGCGACAAUUGGAUUUGCAAACAACCAACCUAUAAACUAUUAUUAUAAAAUUUUAUUUAAAAAAUUGGAGAUGGCCUUAGGCAAUGCAAAAGUG